AUGCUUUCCACUGUCCUCAUCCUUGCCUGCGUUGUCGCUCCCGCACUCAGUGCGACCUAUUCGCAGACUGACAGCUUCCAAGGCAACGACUUCCUCUCCGGCUUCACGCACGAGGCCAUCGCCGACCCCGCCCACGGUCGAGUGAACUAUGUCGACCAGGCGACCGCGCUCGCACAGAACCUUACCUAUGCCUCGGGCGAUACACUCAUUCUCCGCGCGGACCACACGACGGUGCUCAGCGCGAGUGGCGCUGGCCGUAACUCUGUCCGGCUGCAGAGCAACAAGGUGUACUCAAACCAUGUGCGUACCUCAUGGACAUGGCCAGCAGUGUGGGAGGUUGGCCAGGAUUGGCCCAACCAAGGAGAGAUCGAUAUCCUUGAGGGCGUCAACGACCACGGGUCUGACCAGGCCACGCUCCACACCAACUCGGGCUGUACGGUCGGAGGGACACGCACUAUGACCGGGACCUCCACCGGCGACAAUUGCGACGUCAACGCGACCGGCAACAGCGGCUGCGGCGUGACCUCCACCGACGCAUCCUCGUACGGGCCAGCGUUCAACGCUGCUGGAGGUGGCUUCUACGCGAUGGAGCGCUCGAACUCGGGAGUGAAGGUCUGGCUCUGGUCGCGGAACAGCGGGUCGAUCCCCAACGACGUGCUCAAUGGCGGGACGAGCGUCGACACGGACAAAUGGGGGACGCCGUUGGCGGACUUUCCGAGCGCUUCGUGCGAUAUGGCCUCGCACUUUGGGCCGCACAACAUCAUUAUCAACCUUACCUUUUGCGGUGAUUGGGCUGGUGCGGUCUUUGCCAACGAUGGCUGCCCCGGGGACUGCACUACAUACGUGGACGAGAACCCUAGUGCAUUCAUCAAUGCGUACUUCGACGUCGCAUGGCUCAAGGUUUAUCAGUGAAUGUUUACUUCCGUUAUACCCUGUGUCUGUCCCUUUUCCGCCUCGCGCCAUCACUUUCUUCACGAUGUUGUGAUAUGUCUCUCUCUGUCUUUUCCCCUGCCUUUCUUUGUGAUAUCGAACCCGUCUUUCCCCUGCUUCUCGGGCACUGGAGCUGAUGCAGAAGCACUUUGGAUGGCUUGCGAAGGCAUAUCAAUGUCCUAUGCUCCAGAGCGCGCUGCACAAGUGUUUGC